GUGUCCGGACUGGAAGGGGGGGGAAAGUGUCCGGACUGGAAGGGGGGGAAAGUGUCCGGACUGGAAGGGGGGGAAAGUGUCCGGACUGGAAGGGGGGUGAAAGUGUCCGGACUGGAAGGGGGGGGAAAGUGUCCGGACUGGAAGGGGGGGAAAGUGUCCGGACUGGAAGGGGGUGAAAGUGUCCGGACUGGAAGGGGGGGGAAAGUGUCCGGACUGGAAGGGGGGGAAAGUGUCCGGACUGGAAGUGGGGUGAAAGUGUCCGGACUGGAAGGGGGGGAAAGUGUCCGGACUGGAAGGGGGGAAAGUGUCCGGACU